AUGAAUAGGGAAGUUAUAAUUGAACCUGUUAACUUAAACAUGGACAUAAAACGGUUCACACCAUCCCAAAACUCAUCAAUUCGCUCCCAAUGUUGGGAAAUCGAUGGGAUAAUGGACGUAAUUCAGAUAACUUUGGGACAAAGAGAUUUGGCUAUAAUUUUGGCUAUUUACGCGGAUAACAUCGGGGAAGGAAAGCUUCUCGAUUUAUUCCCCGUGCCAAUUAUACGAUCACCAACCGGAAACGUCCAGGAAUCCGACGAAACCGUCCGGACUUUAGAAGCUUUUUUCUGCGAACCGAAACAAAAAUAUAUUAACACGAAAUUUUCAUUCGACGGCGUUAGUUUGUUAUUAUUUUUCGAUUCCGGGGAACUUUUAAGUUCGCCUAUUCGAGAUUUAAACCACGGAUUAUGCAAAUUCGAAAUCGUUGAGGUCACAACUUGUUGCGUUUUGUAUACUGAUGGAAGUAUUGAUGGGAAAUUAUCCGUUGAUGGGUUGUGUAUCGAAGAAAUCGGACCGGACGUUAAUGUUUAUGAUAAAGGGAUUCUUCAAUCCCCAGUUGAUGAUAACAAGAACAAUAACUGCAAUAUAACCGUAAAUAAACCACCAAUAAUCGAUUUGACAUUCCAUCAAACCAAAAAUAGUGAUAAAUCCAUCGAUAUCAUCAUCGGUCGCUUAAGUUUAACCCUUUCAGUUCCAUUUUCUGAAAAAAUGGCGAUGUUUAUCGUUGAUUGUCUCCCUAAAGACACCCUAGACAUCGGGAUAAUUAAUCACGGUUAUGUUAGCGACCAAACCAACGAAAACGAAAUCCCAAAAGCGAUUCCACACAGCUUAACAAUCGCUUUAAGGAUAAAUCGUCCCGAAUUUAUUUUUGUGGUUGAAACAACUUCGAAUAAACGGCGAUAUUUUAUAACAAAAACCGAAAUUUUGUCGGAUUAUUCAAGACAUGGUACUCGAUUAAGUCUUGUUAUUUCAUUAUCGGGAUUGCAUUCCUCGUUUUACGACGUUGGAAUUCACGCAAUGGAACCUUAUUCGAUUCUAAAACAAUGCGAUGUUGAACUUUCGAAAUCGUUUAGUGAAGAAAAAGGGGAUAAAAUUACCACGUCGGUUUCUUCGAUCCACAUUCAAUUAUGCAAUCGAGUGGUUUACGCCAUUAAUGAUAUAUUAAACGAUAUCGUUGAACAUUUUAAACUCCCAGACGAAGUCCCCGGUAACAAAUUGAAACGUUUAGAAAGUAAAGAAAAAGAAAUUGAAGAUUUAUGGGAACCGAAACAUUUAAAUGAAUACGUUUGUAAAGAAGAAUUCGUUGAAAAACCACCAUCCCACAUCUACAGGGAGUUAUUUUUGUUACCAAAAACCGAAAUGAUAUUAAUUUUAGAGUUAGAAGAAAUCCCCGUUGUGUUAAUAAAAACGUCAUUGGAAGUAACAAUGUGCGAUUGGUCAACACUUUUAAAUUCAACUUGCGAAUUUACAAUUCAAGCGAAUUAUUUCAAUGAUAAUUCGCAAUGUUGGGAACCAGUUUUAGAUCCGAUUGUGAUGGACGAUUACGAAUAUAAACCUUGGGAAGUAAUCAUAAAAAUUUUUCAAGACAAAUCAUUACCGAUGAUGGGUAAUGUUGAAACGAAAUCGAAAAAAUCAUCAAAUUUAAAAGACGCCGGGAAUAAAAAGAAUUCUUCCCCGAGUUCUAGCGACGAGGAAAGUGGCGAGGACAUGAUUUAUUUACAACCAUCGAAUUCGUUCCAUACGAGAAGUAAUCGAAAAGUUAAAACUAGCUUAUCAACAUUUUUAGAUGACUCGGAUUCGGAAAAUGAAGAUGGAACGAUGGAAAAAUUAGCGGCUGCCAUUUCGGAUUUAUUCACUGGUGAUUGGAAUGAAAGUGAAGCAUCAGAUUCUGAUCAUUCUAGUGAAGGUGAUGAAGAUGAUUCCGAUGAAGAAGAAGUGAAACCAAAACAUCCCGAUGCUUACCCACAAAAAAAUUAUAAAAAAUCAACUUAUUUUUUAAUCGACGCUAAAGAUAUCUUAAACAUUACAGUAACCUCUACAUUUUUUAAAGUAUUAAACGAGUUGUUUACGGUUUAUUCGAAUAAGACAUUAUCAAUAACUUACGAUAAAUCGAUUAAUAUCGUAAACGAUAUAGGUCCCUUAACGAAAGUCGAACUUUUUGAGAAUAAAGGAACGAAAUCGGUUGAAAACUCAACGUUGGUGUGUUCAAAAACGUACGAGAUGCAAGAUUCGUGUCCGAACAGCCCGACGAAAAGUGUUUAUUUAAGCACCGAUUUCUUGGAUGAUUUGGAUGAUCGCGAUAGUUACACCGAUGAAACCAACAAAGAUAUCGAAAUGAAUAUAGAUUUAGAACCAAUUUCGAGUUUGGAGUUUCCUAUUGAUACAACAUCGAAUUUGUAUGAAAAAAUCAAUAAACAUCAUUUAAAAAUUCACGUCCCCGGUUUUCAACCUGUCCAAACGUGUUGUCCAAAAAAAUCUUGGGAGAAAUUGAUGCGGCUACACGGUGUAUCAACGAGCAAAAUUUAUUACUUACUUGCGAAGCAUAGUGUUAAUAAACAUGGGAGACAAGUUGCCGUUAGCUCUCCAUUACAGAUUAAAAACGAAACUUGUUUUGCUUUAAGCAUUUUAUAUCAACCUUCAGUUUUGCAACAAAUGAACUUGGAACCGGUGGGAGAUGUGAUGAAUCCUUUUGAAACCACUAUGAGGAUUGCGGUUUUGGAACCUCACGAACGAUACAAUGUACCACUUUAUAUUGCGUAUCAUUGUAAAUUGUUUAUUCAACCAGCUUAUGCAGAAGGUCAUUACGUUUCUGAUGCAGGAAUAUGGUGGCAAGACUUCACGACGGAACUCGAUACAGCCCAUAAUUUCCAUUGCAGCCCCAAAACCGAUUCAAACCUCGAAGUGUUCUCCCUACGAGUAAUCCUUCGUAAGCACAUCGAUACCAAAAAAUCCCAAUCCCAUUUCAUCCCCAAUUACGUAAUCCACCUUUUACCCCCAUUAAUCGUCCAUAACUACCUCCCAUACACCUUAGAGGUCGAAAAUAUCGACUUGAAACAACACCUCAAAGUUGAACCCGGCGAAAAAUCAAGCGCUUAUUCAUUAAAUUUAUCAAAAGACCAAAAAUUGUUGGUGAAAGUGUGUGGGGCAACAUUAAAUUGGUCCGGUGUUUUAAAUCUUACAACUCAUUUGGAUGAAAAAAUUUUGCAUUUAGGAGCCGAUGUUAAAGAGGAUGGGAAUGGUGGUAAUAAAAGUUUGAUGGUUCACGUUAAAACGGAUCGAGAGGGAAGUGUUGAAAUGUUUUUCUUUUCACCUUAUUGGAUUGUUAAUAAAACUGGUCUUCCUCUUUAUAUAAAAGCGUCAUCGAGUAACGUUGUUUAUGAAUCCACGAUUGGUCAAGAGAUUUUAUUGUUUUCUUACAAACGCCACGGGAAGCAAUCUUUAAAUUUAAAGGUUUUUGAAUCGGAUUGGUCAAACGAUUUUGGAAUAGAAUGCGCAGGAACAACCGGGCUAAUUGUUUGUAAAGAUAACCAAAGAAAAAAAAAGUACGCAAUCUUAAUGUCGAUCCAUUUAUCGCAAAUCGCGCCAAAACACACUAAAAUAAUCACUUUUUACCCCAACUUCCUCAUUAUAAACAACACAUUAAAAACAUUACGAUUCAUGGAGGAAAACGAAAAAUCCGAUUUAUGGAUUGAUUUACCUCCAAGUCAAUGCGUCCCUUUUUGGCCGGAAACAACAUCGAUGCAAAUGUUUGUUAAAUAUCGCGAUAGCAAAUUAAAAUCGCAAGGAUUUUUUAUUUCGACGAAUCAUCAUACUGUUUUAAGGAUGGAUAAAGGGACCGCUAUUUGUGUUGAUGUCACCGGGGGAAAAACCGAGAGCUUUAAGAUUUGUUUUAAUGAAUACAAAGAUGGGGAUGCCCCGGUUUACAUUAAAAAUUUGUGUGGGGAUUUAUUUUUGAAGAUUCAACAACAAGGACAAAGGCAAGUUACUUUGUUGAAUCCGUAUCACUCGAUGGUUUAUACUUGGGAUGAUCCUACUAAGCCGAGAAUGAUGUUGUGGAAUGUUUAUAAUAAUAGAGGGGUUGGAUUUAAUAUUGAUGUAUCUAAAGAUUGUUAUGGGGAAGAAAAAAUAAGCUUUCACAGUGUAACUUAUGGAGCAAACCAAAACCAACUAAAAUCAGAAAGUUCAAGCAGUGAGGAUUCCGACAGUUGCGAUAGCGUAAAAACAACUUUAAAUAAAAAAGUCCGUAAAGAUAAAGUAAUAAUUUACUACAUUUGUUAUCGAGAUGGUUUAAAAAAGAUUCUAAUUUUUACCCAAGAUCAAAAAGUUUAUAACGACAUUUUAAAAGACGCGUUUAUGGAACAAUGCGAUUUCGAAUGUUUACUUUCAUUGGCAGGAAUUGGAGUUUCAUUUUUUACAACAACCCAACCGACAAAAGAACACAUUUAUUUAUCGAUGGCCGAUUCCCCCGCAAUUUGGGAAGUCAACGUCGGCCAUAAAUGGAAAACUUUAACUUUAGAAUUAGCUUCAUGGAUCGAAGACAAAUAUCGAUUACCAUAUAAAAAAUGUCAACUCAAAGAUUACGUUCACAUCGAUUUCGAAAAAAUGUUCAUGCUAAAACCGUUCUUUGCCGAAUUAAAGCGAACUUACAAUCCGGCCCUUUACGUACAAUUCAGAAAAUCGCAAACGUAUCAAUAUUUUUGUGCGAAAAUUCAAUCGGGGCAAAUUGACAAUAAGCAACCGACAACGUCUAAUGACCCAAUUACUUUGAAUCCGAUGCCGUGUGAGGCGAUUAAAGCGAAUUCGGUGAUCGAAUUUUCGUUUUUUAAGAACGUUGCGAAAACGAUGAGUGUUUAUAAAAACGUUCAGUUGGUUUUUGGGGAUUUUUAUGUAAAUUUAGAGGGUGGAUUGGUUAUGGAAUUAGCUAAGUUAAUGACUGAGCAUAAAAAAUGGAUUCAAGAUGGUGCUGUAGCCUUUAGAAAUGAUUUGAGUUCGAUUCGAGUUCCUGUCACUGUAAUUAAUAAGGACUUAAUCACACCUAAUUCCUUAGUGGAGAACCUCACAAUGAGCCAAAUCGGAAUCAAACUAAACAUUUCCCACAAAAACCAAAAUAAUUGUAACGGAUACCCUUUCACAAAACUUUUAGAUUUCAUAUUUCCCGCCAAUUUAUCACCUUACAUGCCCAACGAAGGAGUGAGACACAAAAUCUCAGCAUUUGAACUUAUCGACACAAGAAUAACCUUUUUCGGGAUGCUCUCCGAAAUUUGGAACCACUUUUCAACGCAAUUCCUCGAACAAUAUUAUUCGCAAGUCUUAGGACAACACGUUUUGGUUAAUCCUUACAGCAUUCAAGCGAUUCCAUCGCACGAAAAGUCGCAAAAUGAAUUUGAUAAAACCUCCUCGAUCAUUUUAUUCGGAUGUCGGUGCUUUUUAGGGCACGUAAAUAUGUCUUCGGUCGCUUUGGAACAAUGCAUCGUUGAUAUCUUCGCAAAUCAAAAUAUCGAGAACAUCCAAAGAUUUCGAAGACAUAAUUCUUAUCAUAAACCUAGUUGUAUCCCGAAAUGUAUCACAUCUUCUUCGAAAAAUUUCAAUCCCGGUGUUAUUUUAGCAUUGGAACAAAUUAUUAUUAGAAAUCAAAGUGGUGGAUUACAAUGUGAUGGUGAAAUUUUCUUUAAGAGUACUGGAAAGGCUUUGCAUUCAUUAAUAACUCGCCAUCCAGAUGAUAAAUCAAAUUGCGUCCAAGUUGCUGUUGAAGCCCUGAGAAGAGCUGCAAAUUUGGGGGAACCGGUUCGGAUUCAUCAAAGACUUACUCGAUAUUUUAAUAACUAUUUAGGAUUGAAACCAUUUUCUGCGUAUGAAUCGAUGGGGCAUUAUCUUUUAGAAACGAUUUGUACCAAUCGGUUUAAAAACGAUACGUAUUGGGCGCAUUGCGCUUUGGAUCGCGUUGGAAAAUCGAUCGUUUUGGUUAGUUUGGAGCAUGUUAUUCGCGCCAAUAAGUGUAGGAUGUGGGGUUCGUGGGAAUUGGAGUGGGUUUUGGAUUUGGAUGAAGUCGUUUCUGUACCGCAAUUGAUUGGAAAUGAAUUGAUUUUUAAUAUAAGACAGGGCGAUGUAACCUUUGAAAAUUCUUACUCCGAUAACAAAUUAACAUUAACUGGGCACAAAGUGAUGUUACAAUGGCUCCAAGAAAAAAUUGAGCAAGCGAUUGUUGUCAGUAUGGAAGAGAAAUCUUGGACGGCUACAGAAAAUUAAAAAAAUAAAUAAAUAUAUUUUUUUCUGUGCUUAUUGUAUAUGUCUCUCUAUACGGUUAACUGUUGUAAUAAAUAAAAGUAUAUUCCCUUAUUAAA